CUGCUACGUGGCAAAUCUAGUUUAAAAACUGACCGUUUGACAAUUACAGCGUUACCAACCAUCGAAGUGUUUUGUAUAUUCGAAAACGUUCACUAUAUUUUUUGUGUUCUCUAAUGCAUCAUUAACGUACAAAGACUUUGUUCCAAUAAUAUUCUGCAUCAUUCCUGGCUCAUGACACAUAAAUUGCAAAGGUUAGAAUUUUUAAUAGAAUAAUUUGAAUUAUUUUAUUAAUGUGUCAAACGCACACAUGGAUCAUCAAUGCGGUUGUGGAAGUGUUCAUAAUGAUGCAGAAUUAGGAGUUCAAUAUAAUUUGUACAACAAAAUAGAUACGGAAAAUGUUGAAUGUUUAAAUGAAUAUGAAGAAAAUAGUGGAAUGAAAGUAUUCAAACCCUGGGAAGAAAGAUUAGAUAUUAGUAAGUUCGUGGAAAGUGAUGUCGAUGAGGAACUUCUUUUCAAUAUACCCUUUACAGGAAAUGUAAAGUUAAAAGGGCUUAUAGUAAUAGGAGGUGAAGAUCAAUCUCGACCAAAUAAAGUAAAAUUAUAUAAGAAUCGACCACAUAUGACUUUUGAUGAUGUUAUGGUUGAAGCAGAUCAAGAAUUUGAGCUUUGUAACGAUCAAACUGGUGUACAUGAAUAUCCCUUACGAGUUGUAAAAUUCUCCACCGUAAGUCAUUUGAGCCUUUAUUUUGUCGGUAAUGGUGGAGCGGAGAGAUCAAAAAUUUACUACAUUGGGUUAAAAGGAGAAUGGUCGCCUGGUCACCAGCAUGGUGUUACAAUUUGUAAUUAUGAAUUAGUGCCACAAUUGGGUGAUCAUCUAAAAAAUAUGGAUGACGUAAGCAGGGAAGUUAGUUGAUUUUCUUCAUUUAAAAAUCCAAAUUUUUAAGCAUUUACAUAUCUAUAAUUAAAUAAAUACAUUUUUGUUACUUUAAUAAUGCGUGCUUAUUGUUGAGCUAAAAAGAAAUCUUCCUGGAUUCCAACAAUUCGCACAAAGCUACUUUAUUUUCUUAAAAAGAUGUAAAUUUAAUUUUAUCGAAAUGAAGCAUGUAAGCCAUAUAAUAAUUUGUAUUUUACAUUUCGUAUGCACUAUGAAAGCCGUAUUUAAGGUGAUAAAGUUAGAUGGUACACCCGAUAUAUAUAAACGGCGUGAAUAAAAUGAAAUAAAUCGAUUUAAAAUUAA